AUGGCCCCAAAAGCGUUACUAGCGGCGGUCGUUUUUGCGACAGUUCUACUACACAUCGCCACGGCGGAACGUGGGACGACGAUCUACGUCAACAACAAGCUGAGCCGCAAGAUAACGGUGAUAGCGCACUGCAAAUCCAAAGACGACGAUCUCCACGCCCACGCCAUCGAGGCCGGCACUACUUAUACGUGGAGUUUCGACCAGAACUGGUUCGGCGGGACGUUCUUUUGGUGCAACCUGGCGGUGGAAGAUAAGCGUCUCUCUUUCACCGCGUUCGAACAGGACGAUCACAGCACGUACAUGGACAGCUACGACGUGCUCGAUCGAGGGGUUUACGCGGUGGACCGCGAUAGUGGGGAGUGGCUGCACCUCGCCAGGUGGAACGUAACUCGUUAG